AUGACUUUUCUGAAUAUCACCAAGACAAUAGAAAAAGCAUUCUCGCUUCGAGGGUUACAAGAUCUAUCAAAUCCUAAAGAGUUCGAGAGAAUCAAAUCAUCGGAUGAAACAAACCGUUUCAUACAAAUGUCGCCUUCUUUAUCAAAGUCGUCGUCGUCAAAGUUACCGAAAGAGGACUUUUUCCCGCCGAGGACCAUUUUGACUAAGCAGUUGGUUGAGUCUGACAACACGAAUAAAGAGAUUUCUGAGGUUCUAUUGUUACGGGAUAUCAUAUUUAUUUUUCAAGGAAUUGACGGACAAUUCAUUAAGUAUGAUCCUGAUACGUCAUCAUACAUCAUAGACUCGAAGGUUAACAUCAAUAGAGCAACUCGGGAUUUAUUGCGCAGACUGACGGAAUUGGGCAGACUCUAUCUACGCGUUGAUGAAUUUGUGAACCAUAAUGUAAACGAACCAUCUAUCGGGCUAGUUGGUCAGGCCUUCUGUUCUGCUUUACAACACGAAUUGACAGAGUACUAUAGGUUCAUUGCCAUUCUUGAAGCUCAAGUUAAUAAGGAAGUGAAUAUCCAACAGAUGUCGCCCAAUGGCAUCUCACUGAAACGCUUGUUGGUGUGGACGCAAGAUUCCUUGUUAAAAUUACGGAUGAUGUCCGUGUUGGUGGACUGCUGCAAGCAAAAGAGGGGUGGUGCCCUGGUUUCAGCAAUUUACAAUUACACGAAUCACGGAGAUCCGUUUAUUCAACAGUUUAUUAAUAACAUGCUUGAAAAGAUGCUGCAACGUUGGAUAUAUGAGGGUGAAUUGGAAGACCCCUUCGAAGAAUUUUUUGUUGCCUGCAAUCCGGACGUGGAGGAAGAUUUGUGGCAAUCAAAAUAUUAUAUUCGUUCUGACAUGCGACCAACUUUUAUUAGUGAAUUGCUUGACAAAAAAAUCUUUUCUAUAGGGAAAUCACUCAACUUUAUACGGUACAGCUGUCAUGAUAACAAUUGGGUAGUUACUAAUGCAAAAACGGCGGGAACAGACAAGUUGCUAAAAUAUGGUGACAUAAUAGAAUUGGAGAGUUCUAUAGACGCAACUUAUACUGCCACGAGCCAACAACUUUUAAAUAUUUUGUUUACAAAGUAUAAACUAAAGGAACAUUUUACUGCUUUAAAGCGCUACCUGUUACUUGGGCAAGGUGAUUUCAUACAACAUUUAAUGGUUCAGCUAGGACCUGGCCUUUCAAAACCAGCCAAUACACUCUAUCAUCACAACCUCACCGGCACUUUGGAGGCAGCCAUUCGCGCGUCUAAUGCGCAGUAUGACGAUCCCGAUAUCCUUCGUCGGCUGGACGUCAGACUUUUGGAGGUUAUUGAAUGCUCAUGGGACGAGCUUGUCACCGAUAUCCACAAGACUUCCGGGGACUUGGACUCGCUUAUAGAGGCGCAUAAUAAAUAUCUGACCAAUAUUACUACCAAGAGUUUUUUGAGUACAUCUAAUAAUCAGGAUGAACUAUACAAUUUUGGUUUGAAAGAAAUGAUACGCAGGGACGACAUUAAUGCCAAACAAGAUCUAUGGAGCACUGGCAGAUCAAAAGAUCUAGAUCCGAAGAAAAAAUUGACGGGAAUUCAAGAGCAUUUGAGCGAGAUCGCUGGGCAAUUUAAAAGCGAAGUAGUAAAUUUAUUGACUUCCUUGGCUAAUCAUCACGAUACAGAUUUGAGAUUUCUCAGUGUUCGCCUUAACUUCAACGAAUAUUAUAAUCUUCUCAACGAGAAAAAUACUGGUAGGGGAAAGAGGGCAAAUUUUGCUGCAACACCAUCGCCUUCGCCUGUCGAGAAUUCUUUCACGAAGAAACAGUCGGAACAAGAGGAAGUUGAAGAGAUCGAUCGUUCUCAAUAUCCUAGACUCUUUCCCUCAAAAGAGGCAAUAUCAGAAGGAUAUUAUGAUGAAGAAACAGUGCAUAAUGAUAUUGAUGAUGCCUGGUUCGUGGAUCCAGCAUACGAAAAUCCGCAACAAGAAAGUACCGCUGACUUUGUCCCUCUAUGGCAACGAAAGGCAACCGAUAUUAAAGAUUUUUCAGUCUCAAAUCUCCCAGAUUCCGAGGAGAGUUACCGUCCUGAUACCGAUUUCCUGAGUAUCAUAAGAUUCCUAGAGGACGACGGAGUGGAAAAUAUUACGUUAAUUGAUGUGAGACGAAGAUGCGAUUUUGCCGACUGGAUUAUAAUUGGUGAGGGCAAAAGCACGAGACAUUUGGGAGGUGCGGUAGAUGGCCUAUAUAAAAUGUUAAAAGAAAGGAUCAAGCGACAUAACGCGAACCUGCCAAAUUCUUCCGUCAACAACUAUCCAAUUGUAGAAGGUCGUGAUUCAGAAGAUUGGAUGUUAAUUGAUACAGGCUCGAUCUUUAUACAUCUAUUUACACCUGAAGCAAGAAAAUAUCGAGACAUUGAAGGUUUGUGGGAAAGGAUAAAUCAGCCCGUCUCAUCUAAGGAAGAAUUACACAAAAUUGCCAAAGAUAUGGAAAGAGAGUUCAGUCAAUUCGAUCCAAAAUUGACUAGGCGACCCCCGUUGCCAAAUGAUUGA